UUCACCAUAGUAUUUCUUGUUAAUUUUAUUGAUUUCAUUCUCAAAAGCUAAGAUAUUAUGGCUUUCAAGACUCCCCUUUACUUUCUUCUCUAUGUUAUGAUAUUAUCAUUUGCUACAUUCUGCUUAGCAGCUGAUGAUGAACCUUCCUAUUGCUCCAAAGCUGUUUAUUAUAAAUCCGAAGAUGGUGAAGGCACUCCAAAUGGAGCUUGCGGACUGAAAGAAUGGGGAAAAAAAUUCAACGACGGUAAAGUUGCCGCCGUCUCUAAGCUGUUCAAGGAUGGUAAAGGCUGUGGUACUUGCUAUGAGGUUAAGUGCAAAGAUAAAAAGUGGUGUAGUGAGAAGGGCGUUAAGAUAGCGGUGACGGAUUAUGGUGCAAGCGGCGAGGAUGUUGAUUUCAUCAUGAGUGAAAAAGGCUAUGGAGAAAUGGCCAAAGAUGAAGAGUCUAAAAGAUACCUGUUCAAAAAGGGCGUGGUCAAAAUUGAGUACAAGAGGGUUAAAUGUGAUUAUGAGAAGGAAAAAUCCGAUUUCGUUGUGAAAUAUGACAAGAAGGAUAGCAAGUGGCCUGAUUACCAUAGCCUGGUAGCACUCUACAAGGGUGACAAAGACUACAUUGAGAAGGUUAAAAUCUUUGUCAAGGAUGAGAAGAAGGAGAAGUUGGAGCUUAAGGAAAUGAGAAGGGCAUAUGGAGCAGUUUGGGACAUUGCUAAUUACAAGCCAGUUCCAUUCGUGAAGAUCAAGAAGGGCAAAGAAGAAUAUUUCCAGUGGGUUGAAGGCAUGGAUGAAGACAAGUGCGAAUCUGAUGAUCAUUCUGCUAAACAAGCCAAGGAUCAUCUCAACUAAAUUAUUGCUCCGAAAGAAAAGAGUGUAUUUCACCUAUAAAAGAAUAUGGUUGAGUACUUUGAUUAAUGGGGUUCAUACCCUUUUGAUUUAGCUAAAUAAAUAUACAAGUUAAAAGAAUGUUGUGUGUUAAUCAAGGUCAUUGUUUCUGUUUAUUUAUAUAAAAAUGUGAAAUAUAAGGAAGUUAAACUAAGUAAUACUGUUGAUUUGUUUUAUAAUGCAAAUUUUAUAGUUUGCUUGUCUCAAAAUCCUAGCUCCGAAAGAGGGUUUUGUUUAUUGUUUAAUAACUGAAAUUAAUAUCUUAGGGAUCAUUCUAAAUGCGGG